AUGCCUGCCAACGAGGUGCUGCGACGUAGCGCAACCAUAAGCGCCCAAGACAGUCCCGCGCGCAAGCCGCCCGUGCCCAAAUUCAAGCGCAACGCGAAAAAGCUGCACGUUCUCACGUCGGACGCGAGCAGUACGACAUCGACACAACUGCCUGCGAAAUCAUCGCAGCGUCUCCGUCCGGCAUCGCCGACACGUCGCAGCAUCUCGGAGCGUUCGUUUCAGCAGCUCCAAACCAAGUGUUUCCAGCUCAAACCGCCGCCGUCACCGUCUCUGAGGUCAUCGCCAGCCAAGACGGUGCACUACGAUAGGAGCCCACCACCGUCGUCGUCCCUGUGCGAGUCGAGCCACGAGAGCGACAACGGGACGCGCUGGGCGACGACCCACGACGACAUUCGGCUCUUGCAGUCGACGUUGGUCCCGGCCAGCGCCUCACCAUACAAGCCACCGCCGUCCUUUGGCUGUCGCGAGUGCGGCUCCAAGGACCUCACGGCGUUUUGCUGGAAAGGAUGUCGCAACUUUACGUCGCUCGAGGAACUCAGUGACGUGCACCGAAGUGUUCUCUCGCGCAACCAGCACCUCGAGGUUCUCGUCGCGUCGCAAGAGAGCGCUCUGAGCGCCAUGACGAUGGCCAAGGACGAACAAGCGCAGCUGGUCGCGCUGCUCCAGAGAGAGCUGCAGCGCAUCCACGCGCAUGCCAUGCAGCACUAUGCCAUUGAGAGCACACCGCAGCGCGUCGACUGGGCGGUGGCAGGCGUCAAGGCGCUCGUCCACCGCUUCGAUCUUGACGGCGACGAGCUGCUCAAUCUUGAUGAAAUGAACGCACUCAAGAUGGCCUUGGGCCAUACAUCGCUGUACACGGAAAGCUCCUUUGCAGAGGUUGUCGCGCGCUACAGCCUCGACACGCGGCCGUGUCCGUCCAGCGGCAGCGAGACGUCGGUCGUCGCCAUGGGGCUCACGCCCGAAGGUCUUAUGCAACUUUAUGACGUGCUUGGUAUCGACAGCCUCGAGCUCGAUCUGCAGCGCGUGCAAAUCUACAUUGGCCGCUCCAAGACGCUGGACAGCACCGCGGCAUCGUUGCUUUCCAUGGUCGCCGACUUGGAAGGAAAUUUGAAAGCGGCGAUGGAAAGUCGAGCGCGACUCCGCGCCGAGCACGACGAAAAGGCCCGCACGAUCGCCCGGCUUCGCGACAACUUGGUUGCUGCGACGGCCCAGGCCGUCCAGUACCGCGAAGAGGUCAGCGUCGCCCACAACUCGCACCAGCGCGUCCAGGACGAGCUCCAACAUCUACACUCCGAGCACCAUGCGUUCGUCCAUGCCAAUGUCGUUUCCAAGGCAGAGAUGGUGAGCAGCCAAGAUGCGGUUGUCGAAAUGCGAGCUCUGCUGGAAGCGCAAAUCAGCGACACGGAAACGUGGCAGCGGCACUGCUGGGAGCUCCAGGAGCAACUCUCGUCGCUCAUGGCGUCGUGUUCGGCGCACAAGACGGAUUUGUGGAAGCUGCACGACGCGAAAAAGGCCGAAGAGCGACGCAGUAGGUUGCUGUACAUGCAAGCCCACCAAGGAAAGAAGCACGACAUCCCCCAUCGAUCCUAA